CACGCUCGCCAGCAGCGGCGACAAGGAUGCCGAGAUCCUCGCCGCCGACAUCGCCGCCAUGGUCGCGGGCGUGCAGAACGGCAAGUGGACGGCCACCGAGCUGCUCGAGGCCUUCAUCCGCUCGACGCGCAGAGCGCAGCGGCGCACCAACUGCGUCACCGAGGUGGCCUUCGACUCGGCGCUGCAGCGUGCCGCCGAGCUCGACGCUGAGUUCGAACAGACGGGCAAGCUCAGCGGAGCGCUGCACGGCGUGCCGUUCAGCCUCAAGGACUGCUACCACCUCGAAGGCACGCAUCUGACCAUCGGCUUCUCCUCGUGGCUCAAGAACGGGCGCAGCACCGAGUCCGCUGCCAUCGUCCGUCUGGCAGAGGCGCACGGCGCCGUCUGCUUCGUGCAGACCAACGUGCCGCAGACGAUGAUUGCCAUCGAUUCGCGCAACCCGCUCUUCGGACAGACUGGCAACCCGUGGCAGCCGCAGCACGUGGCGGGCGGCAGCAGUGGAGGCGAAGCUGCUCUGCUUGCCGCUGAUGGCUCGGCCUUUGGCAUUGGCUCCGACAUUGGCGGCUCGCUGCGCAUCCCGGCGCACUUCUGCGGCAUCUACUCGCUCAAGCCCAGCUCCGGUCGCUACCCAAACGCAGGCAAUGCAAAGUACAACGAAGGCUUCCAUUCGAUCCACGUCGUCACGGGGCCCAUGACGCGCAGUCUCGCCGACCUCGAGCUGCUGCACCGGCUCAACAUGGAGACGCUGCACCCGACGGAGGAGAGCGCUACGCUCAGCCUGCGUGAGACGCAGCUGCAGUACGGCGCCGAGAGCCUCGUGCCGGCGCCGCUAAGGCCGCUCUGGCUCGACGCGCUCGGCGCCGCAGAGAAGCGCGGCCGGCCGCUGCGCUUCGGCUACUUCCUCACCGACGGCCUCAGCCGCACGUCGCCGGCGUGCAUCCGUGCCGUCUUGGCCGCCAAGACGGCGCUGGAACGCAAGCACGGCAAGCACGUCGAGUUUGUAGAGCUGCAGGCGAGCGAGGUCAGGGGAGCUCAUGCCAUGCGCCUCUUCCUGAGCAUCGUGGGGUGCGAUCGCUUCCACUCGUCGCGCAAACACAUUGCGCCGGACGCGGUGGAUCCGGCGAUGAAGCUGGCCUUCUUGCUGCCUUCGUUGCCCUCGCUCAUCCGCAAGCUCUUUGUCUUCAUCGUGCGCUACAUCAUCCGUGAUCGCGCCUUUGCGUACGUCGUGGAGCGCGCCUUCAAGAAGACGGCGGGCGGCCUGAUUGAUGCGCAGGCCGAGAACGACGACUUUGUCGAGCACUGGAACGUGCACGUGUGGCAGCGCCAUCGACUCGACGGCAUCGUCUGUCCCGUCUUUGCCUUGCCGGCGCCGCUGCACCAUGGCACUGAUGAGAUCAGUGGAGCAGUGGCACCGACGGCCCUCUUCAACCUGCUCGACAAUCCCGCCGUGACGCUGCCGGUGCUGCGCGUCGACGCGCAGCUCGACGCCGCCUCGAACAGCAAGCCAUCGCCGUACUGGCAGCAGGCCAACUUCAAGGAUACCUCCAAGCUGCUGGCGUACCGCAUGUACGGGUCUGGCUCGCCCAUCUAUUCUGCGACACGCAUGGCCGGCCUGCCCGUUGGUGUGCAGGUGGUGACGCAGCGCUACGAGGAGGAAAAGGCGCUCGGUCUGGCGCGCCUGCUGGACGAGGCGCUGGGCGAGCGCGGCUUUGGGCCCGGUGCCUUCUCGCGAGCGCAGCAGGCGAAGCUGCAGGCUUGAGCGCGCGCGAGACGAGGCGCAACGCCCCGUGUGGGCACUGUGGACGCCAGUGCAACGUGCUGCCUUGUAUGCGCAGCAAUGGAUAGCGACGCUUGACUGUGUGGCGUGGGCAUGAAGGGAUGCAAAGCCGCCUGGAGGCGCUGAGGCGACGUCGAUUCUCAUUCUAUUGCAC